CAGUCUCUCACACUACCACAUCUCUUAUGUUGCCAUCAACUAUUUUAGCCUUCUAGGUACUUCGUGGGGAUUUUGGAAGGGCGUCUUGCCAUCCACCCGAAUGAAUUUGCAUAUGAUGAACAAGUUUAGAGAGAGAAAGGAGCAUUUUUGUCAGUGCAUAAGAAAGGCAACGUGGGGCGUAAGUAAAACCCGGUGAUAUCUUUAAACGUCAAUUUCUACAGCUACCUCAACUUUUUAAAUACUUUUAGGACUUCCUGCCCAUUGUAAAAUUCCUGGACACGCAAAUCGAUGAAUACGUCGCAGUUCAUGGAUAAGCAGAUCAUGGAUCUAUCGACUUCGCCCACCGCUGGGAACAGCAAAGCUGAUUUUAUCGAUUUCGUGAACACGGAACAGGAUCUCACCGCAACUGGCCCCAAGAAAGAGGAGAUUGUUCCGAGCUAUGAAUUCCAUCCCAUUCGCCCUGUUGUGUCGUCGCCACAGUCGUUGCCUAACGCUAAUUCAAGCAAUGUUAGUGUUCCUAAAGCUUGGAAUUCCGCUGAUUCUAAAACUAGCACAGCAAGCAUCAGUAUAUAUGGAUCUCACGAAUCCAUGGAACCUGCUAAAGUCAUUGUAGAGAAGAAUGAGAAUAGAUUUGAUCCAACCUUGAUAUCUGAGAUUGAUCACAUUUUGAAGAAAUAUACUGAUAACCUGCUGCAUGCUCUGGAAGGUGUAAGUGCACGAAUAUCACAAUUAGAAACAAGAACACGGCAGAUUGAAAGUUCUAUGGAUGAUCUAAAGUUGGCUGUUGGCGACAAUUUUGGGAGCACUGAUGGAAAAUUGAGACACCUAGAAAAUCUUGUGAGAGAGGUGCAUACUGAAGUUAAAGUGAUCAGAGAUAAACAAGAUAUAGCAGAAGCAAAGAUGCAGAUUGCUGCAAAGCUUGAGGUUGAGCAGCAGGUGGUAGGGGGCCAUGGCACCCAUCCCAGUGAUUCUUUGCAGGCCGCAUCUGCUCCCCAACACUCUCAUCAUCAACAAUCAGCUUUUCCUUCUGCUGUUGCACAGCUUCCAUCACAAUCCUUUCCUCCACCCCAUCAUCAUCCACAACAGAAUCUGCCAUCUCAGGCACAGAUUCCAAACCAACAAUAUCAGUUGAAUCAAAUUUCUUCAGUUCCUCCUCGAGAAUCUUAUACUCCUGCACCUGGCCUAACACCUGAAAUUCCAAGCCAGCUAUAUCAGAUGCCUUUAUCUCAGCAGAUCCAGCCAUCUCCCCCUCCACCACCACCUCAGUAUCAGUCCACACCUCAACUUCAGUACUCUCAGCCUCCUCAAUUAAACCCUGCCUUUCCUUCUGCCAAUCCAUCUCAGUCACCUCAACCUAAACCUCAACCUUCGUUAGGGCAUCAUACUGAAGAAGCAUCAUUUAUACCACCACAUCAGGGCUAUCCACCAAAUAUCCACAAAAGUCCUUCUAUGCCAUCUGGUGGAGCUUUGUCACAGCAGUUCUAUGGAGCUCCUCCUAACAACAUAUAUGAGAUACCAUCCAGCCGGCCUGGUCCAGGAUUUUCUGGUGGGUAUGGUCCGUCAUCUGUACCGGGUGAACCUUAUCUACAUAGUAGCUCAUUUUCCCAGUAUGGAAGUGGGUCACCCAGCAAAUCACAACUUCCGAUGACCAUGAAUCACCAGAGUGGUGGAAGUGGCUAUACCCAACUUCCAACAGCAAAGAUAUUGCCUCAAGCACCUCCUACUGCAUCUCCUGUUGUUGGCAGUGCAGGUUCUACUGGGUCUGGAAACAGGGUUCCUGUUGACGAUGUAGUGGACAAAGUGACACUCAUGGGAUUUCCGAGAGACCAGGUGAGGGAAACAGUCAGAAAGUUGACAGAUAAUGGACAGGCAGUGGACUUGAAUGUGGUUUUGGACAAGUUAAUGAAUGAUGGGGAUGUCCAGCCACCACGAGGCUGGUUUGGCCGGUGAAUUUCUCUCCCAGUUCAUGCCCGUGUACACAAGUUUGGAGUGCUCAUUGCUAUUUUGAUCAAUUCUAUCGAGAGACGUUUCUCUACAGAAUCACACCCAACCAUUAUAGUAUAAAUAAUGAGUCAGAAUAUCGUUGGUUUGGAUUGAGUGAGCCCAUAUGUUUUACUACGUGAUUGUAUUUAUUUUUUAGAAGUCUCAAAAUGAUUUUUUCUUUUCUACGGAGUAUUUAACUUUUGAUAUUUUAAUGUUCAAGUCACUUGUUUUAUGUUAGAGAGGGUUCUUAGAUCAUCUUUAAUUUACAUUUUCAAUUCUCAACAACGUUUUAGGAUGUUUUUUUGGAAACCACACCAUAUUAAACUUGAUCAUACUGAUUCAUACAUAAACACAUAAGACUGGAUUUAAACAGAGUAACAAACUAAAUUAAACUAGAUUUAUGCAAUAGUAAAAUAGACAUAAUAUUGAACUUUAUAAAACCAGUUUAGAUUGGUCAAUAGGUGCAGUUAUAAGGUUCACCCGGGUGUACUUAUACACUCAGUAUUUUUGCAAUUCUCUUGAACUUUGAGUCUUUUCUUCCAUCCAUAUAUGCCGGAUGAUGGAGAAGUCGGCGUAGAACGUGAGGAGGUCAUCGUGGCUGAUCUUGCUGUCUAGUUCCAGGAAGUUGAUGAAGAAGGCACCGAUUGAUGUGAGGUGCUGCCCUGCUCUUAUCUUUCAGAAAGUUCAUAAGAGAAGAAAGAUAGUAGCGAGAAGGUUUUGAUUCAAGGCAGAUCCCGUGUGAAAGAAGAAGUUGCAUCGAGUUUUGUUCAUAUAGGAGCUGCAGGAGUCAAUAUCUUCUUUGAUAGUAGUCAAAAUGGUUUUGAGGUUUGUGGGGAGUUGCCGAUGGAGAAUCAGAGUGUGGUCUUGUAUUUUAUUUCUCAAAUCCCACUACUACGAUUUUAAGCUUGUAUUUUAAAUUUUUUAAUUGCCAACAUAAGUUUUAGGGAAAACUGUCAAAUAGUUCCUCGAACUUUUAUAAAAAAGUCAAUUAAGUCCUUCUAUAGGAGACUCUGUCCGGUCGUCGCGAUUUGGGGCGGUUCCCGGUGGAAUUUUUUGAUGAAAUUUUUU